AAUUUCACUCUUGAGCAUAUGUCAUCCUGUUUGGCUAAAUACCUAGUUAUAUUUUUAUUACUCUAAAAAUCAAUGAAAAUAGUCUACCAAAAAAUUUAUGGUAUAAUUUCAAAUGAAAGUUCAAAUGUAAAACAAAAUUCAGGAUAGCUUCCGAACAGAAUUCACGGCAAGCAAUUAUAAAACCUAACAAGGCAGGCAAGUCACAAGUCAACAUAAUAGGAACCAACUAGUUUGGAAAGCGAAGAAAAUGAGUCAUUUAUUUCGUGCCUUAAAGAAAAUCCCGAAAAUCCCUUCAAACUCUCAACCACCGAUAAGUCAUUUUGAAUCUGAUGAAACAACUGCCAAGAAAUCAAAGGAUCCAGAAGCCUCGCAAACUGUCGAAAAUCUACCGUUUUCGGACCUAAUUGACGAAAAUAGUCCUGCAGUAGAAAUCACUAAGGAGGCUAAAGAAGAUCUUGUGAUUGAUAGCUCAGUUGAAGAUUUGAAACUGUUUUGUGAUAAAUUAGAUGAUUUUAUUGAGAAAUCACAGAAUAUUUUGGAUAAGGCAUAUGCGAAUGAUGCACAAAGGGUGCUGCAGCGCCGUUUGAAAAAUAGCGUUACAGAACUUUUAAAUAUUCAGAACCAGGUUAAAACAAUAGUAGAUAAUAUUAAAUCAGUGAAGAUGCAGAUAACCGCUGUUAGAAAUAAUAUUGAGGAUCACAAAAAUAAGCUCAACACAUUGAAAGCUGAAGAACGUCGCACUCGCUUCCUUUUAGCGCAUGAAACUAAUAAACGCGAAAAGAACGCCAGAAAUCAAGAGAAAUGUAUAAGCAGAAAUCGGGAGUCCAGCCUACCCAAGUAUUACAUAACGUCAAAUAGUGGUGGAACUUCUCGUCCCGCAGCUGGACGUACUACUUUUAUCUCGAUUCCUGCAGGCGCAGAAAAUGAAAGUAACAGCAACAAUAGCAACUUUAUUGCCCCAAAUCGUCCACCGAGAAAUUCAAAUCGUACCCUCGCUACCACAGUUAAACGCGUCAAGGCAAUACGGGCAAAAAAGGAUUCUAUGAUCCCCCUGCCGCAAAGCGAUCCAAAUGGUGUAACAAUAUUUUUACGACCCAUUAAUGAGUCGGACAGACGUGACAAUUUGCAUAAUGCUCCAAGCCAUCAUAGUACCCCCAGCACUUCAAUUGUUAAUUUUCCGUGGUUCAAUAAUAAUCCCCCGGACCAGACGCACUCUGACACUGCCACGAAUUCUGUCGUUUCUGCCUCGAAUUCGCUAUUUGUUUUUAGUUCGAGUGGUCGCUUUGAUGACUUGGACUAGAAAUAUUGUUACUCAGAUGAAAAACGCAAGGACGAAUUGCUAAGUAUUGGGAAAAACAGAAUAUCAAUAAGAUACUCGUGGAUAGAUUGGUAUCAAGAAGUUAACAGGCUUUCUAAGAAGUCACGAGAAGGGGCUGAAAAUCUACUACAAAUUAAAGCAAGCGUCGGAUAGAUCCUCGACACUGCAAAGGGCAGAAGUUACGAUGGCAUCAUGAGUGACUGACUGAGCUACCCUCACAAAUCAAAUAAAGCAAAUCACAAUUUCAGAAACAAUAAAUUUGAUUUAGUUUAUAAAUCAGAUCGUUUUCAUUCUAUGCAGAAAU